UCGCAGAGAUAAAACAUCAGAAUCAUUUAGGUGGACCACUGCCGAUCAGAGAUAUGGCUCUAAAAGUGGACAUGUAUGUGGUUCUGCUUGUUGUGAUGUUCGGAUGUAUGCAGGUCCUUAGUCAAGGCACUACUACUAUUACUCCGUUUAACACCACUACUACCACCACCGCCAAAAACAACGGUGCUAAUGGGAACAAUGGGAACCAGAAUCCAAUUUCAGUCAGCACCUCUACCAGCACCUCUACCAGCACCUCAUCCAGCACCUCGUCCAGCACCUCCACCAACAAGAAUGGGACUAUGAACAACACCACAUCACCCAGCUCCAAAAACAACACACUCCAGACUCCUAAAGGACCAAGUGUCAGCGCCCUCAUCGGCAGUUCCUCCACGACCAGCUGCUGCAAACUUCUGCUGCUUCUGUUCAUGACUUUGAGCUUUCUACAGAUGAUACAGUGACCAUCAACCUCCCUUAUGCUUUGAAGGCAGACAAUAAUGUGAGACUCUUUUGAGACUUAAUAGUCUUUCUGAAAUGCUAUGGAAGUUUCGUAGAGGUUAUACAGCUUGUAACAAACACCUUUUUGCU